AUGUCCACUAUCCAGCGCCUCACGGGCGCUAUCGCUGCUACGACACCAAAACCACUCCUCCGCCGCCCUACAUUGGUCCGCAAGCGAGAAGAUGACAAUGAAGCACCUCCCUCUAGCCCCAGAAAGAAAGCCAAAGUCACUUUUGAUUCGGAUGUCGAGGUGAGGGUGGUCGGCGAUUGGGAGAAGGCGCCGCAUCUCAUCCAAGAAGAAGUGCGCCGCGCCUUUGCAAAGCGAGCAUUGGGCGACGACUCAGGCUAUGACAAAUUGAAGGAUGUCUACUCCAAGAAGAAUGGCAAUGAAGAGGAGUUCAGUCCUGUCACAAUCAAGAAUUACACUAUCUCAUUACUCGCAAACGUUUCAGUGCUCAACAAAUCGAAUUCUGACUUGGUUCAUGCUGUCUUGAGUAGCGACUGGCUGGGACGAACAGAAGACUAUGUGGCUCUGUUUGUGCGGCUAAUAGCAAAUGUUUCAUCAGCACAGGGAGUGUUCUUAGGAGACGUGGUGCAGAUGUUGGUGAACAAUCUGACAGCUGCACCUCCAUCUAACGGCCGAAUAAGAGAUCUACCGGUGGUUACACGCUUGAUGAUCUAUGCUCGAGUACACAGGACCUUGCAGUACUUGCUACAGCUAAUACCUUCCGCUGGUCGCAUAUUCUCCUCCACAAUGACCACCGCAUUUCCUCAUCCAACGGACUCAAGGCGCUCUCAUGUCGUUUACGUACAAAACCUGCUCAAACUCGUUGGGUAUUCUCCGGAAUUACGAGGGGAGGUGCUGGCGCUUAUCACGGAACGCCUCGUCAAAAUAGAUGUUCAGGUGCAGGUUGACCUUGAAGACUUGGCGGAGGAUGUGGGAGAAGGCUUGGUGGAUCAGAUUCCACCAGCCCGACCGGAUCUCAUGGAUGACAUGGAGGAUUCAGACAUGAGCGAUGAGGAGGACUCUGACGAGGAUGAGGAGGACGAAGAAGCGCAGAGAGCGAAAGAAAUCACAAAGAAUGUAGAGAAGAUGGAUGCGAUCUUGGACAUUCUGUUCUCGCAUUACGAACAAAGCUUUAGUCAUCCUUCCGUCGAGGAGCAAGUGGGAUCCCUCAACAUCCUUCUAUCUCAGUUCGUUACCACCAUCCUACCUACGCACAGAUCUCGCCACACACAAUUCCUUCUCUUCCAUUUCGCGCAGCAAUCUUCCGAGUAUAUCGACACUUUCGUUGGGACUUGUGUACAAAUAACCUUCGACAAAGGCCAACCAGCUAUUGUACGCCAAGCAUCAGCAGCCUAUCUCGCAAGCUUUGUUGCCAGAGGGAUGCAUGUGCCGUCCAAUAUCGUGCGAGAUGUCUUCGGCUAUAUUGGCGGCGAGCUUGCGAGACUCCGUCGAAACCAUGAGCCCAGUUGCCGCGGUCCGGACAUGAGACGAUACUCAUCAUUCUACGUCCUUGUACAAGCUCUACUUUAUAUUUUCUGCUUUCGAUGGCGAGAUCUCGAGUCUGCUCCAGACGAUGAUUUUGAAGACGACGAUCUGAACACUCCCUACGGUCAACAGCAUCAAUGGAAAUCUGGGGUCAAAGAAGCUCUCUCUCAGAACGUCUUUUCAAAACUCAACCCACUCAAAGUGUGCUCGACGGCAAUCGUCACCGAAUUCGCCCGGAUAGCGAAUCAUCUCAGCAUUGUCUACGUCUAUCAUCUACUCGAGACCAAUAAAAGAGUUCGGGUUCUGCAGUCUGCCGGCACCGGAUAUGGCCAACCAAACCGGGAGACAGCGCUCUCAGCUAGGAGAGACGAAAGCUACCAGCACCUGGACGCGUACUUUCCUUUUGAUCCUUACCAUUUGCCGAAGAGCAAGAGGUGGAUAGAAGGCGACUACAGAGAAUGGAGCGGCAUUCCCGGUUUGGACGACGAGCAGGCAUCAGAGACUGACAGUGAUGAUGAGGAGGGGCUAAAGAGUGAGGCAGAGGAAGGGACUGAGACUGACGAGACUGGCGGAUCUUUCUAG